AUGACGGGUGAAUCAUCCAUCCCGAUAGGAGAUGUCCUUCGACCGAAAAUAACCCGUAGAGUGGGCUGCUGGAACGUGCGGACCCUCUACCAAACAGGAAAACUAGCACAAGUGGUGAGAGAAAUGGAGUAUUACAAGAUCGAGCUCCUAGGAGUUAGUGAAGCCAGAUGGACAGCAAGGUACAACUCAGCCUUCGCCAAAUUGACUGCUGUGGUUUGCUAUGCGCCAACAGAUGAUGCAGAAGAUGAAGAGAAAAUAUCUUUCUAUGACAGCCAACAAAAGGUAAUAGACGACACACCAUCUCAUGAUGUCCUGCUUAUCCUUGGAGACUUAAAUGCUAAAGUUGGAAAAUGCAACCAAGGUAAAGAAACCAUCAUGGGCCAGCAAGGAAUAGGAGAAUGUACCAACAACGGAGAGAGACUAUGCACUUUCUGCCAAGAAAACGACCUAGUAAUUGGUGGAACUAUAUUCAUGCACAAAGACAUCCAUAAGACAACAUGGAACUCACCAGAUGGUCAUACAAAGAACCAAAUUGACCAUAUUAUCAUCAACAAGAGAUGGAGAAGUAGUCUUCUCGAUGUGGUUGCAAAACAAGGGGCUGAUGUGGGAAGUGACCACUCUUUAGUACUGGCAAAAAUCAAGUUAAAACUGAGGAAAUCAAGGAAAAAAGAUCAAAGACCACCUCCAAUCAACAUCCAAAAACUCAAAGAUACAAAAACCCUGAGAUCUUUUCAAUUAAAAAUCCAGAACAAGUUUUCAACACUCAUGGAACAUCCUGAUGAAAUCGAUAUGGAAACUUUUAACAAAAGGCAAAAGGACCAACUCCAGGCAGAAUAUCGGGCUAUUGACAGGGAAGUAAAGAGGAGUGCAAGAGCUGACAGGAAGGCAUACACUGAAAAGCUAGCUUAUGAGGCAGAACAAGCAGCUUCUAAACAAGACAUGCAGACCCUCUAUCGAAUUACAAAAACAUUAGCAGGCAAAUUUCAGUCAUCAGAGCUACCAAUAAAAGACAAACAGGGAAAUGUACUAUCAAAAGAAGAAGACAUACUGAAACGCUGGAAGGAACAUUUUGAAGAAGUAUUUAAUAUGAAAGACCCAGAGAACGAGACAAUAAUAUUACCAGCCACGGACACAUUAGAUAUUGAUACUGAUCCACCAAGUAUAGAAGAAGUAAAAAAGGCAAUCGCCAAACUUAAAAAUGGAAAAGCUGCAGGCAUUGAUCAGAUACAUGCAGAGCUCCUAAAGGCCGAAGAAUACUGGACACCUCCAAUUUUGACAAAUAUCCUACAGAAGAUCUGGGAAUCAGAAGAAACACCAUCCUUCUGGAAAACUGGCCUUAUAGUUAAAUUACCAAAGAAAGGAGACCUCUCAAACUGUAACAACUAUAGAGGAAUAAUGUUGCUUUCUGUUACCAUGAAGGUUCUAAGCGGAGUGAGACUGGACAGAAUUGCAGAAGUAACAGAUCCCUUACUGCGUCAAGAACAAGCAGGCUUUAGGAAAGGGAAGUCGUGUGCUGAUCAGAUAUUCGCUCUCAGACAAAUUCUAGAACAAAGCAAUGAAUGGAACUCCCCAUUAUACAUCAAUUUCAUUGACUUCACCAAAGCUUUUGAUAGUGUUAAUCGCCUACCCUAG